AUAAAAUCGAUUAAUUAACAGUUAACAAAAGGUCUGGCUCCAUUCGAUUUCAUUGGAAACCCCCAAAAUCGCUGAAGAACGCCUCUCGAGCUCAGAUAGGGUUUAUAGGUUUCUAGAGAGAAUUUCAUGGCGACAUCUGAAGCGGAAUAUGAGAGUGAUCCCGAGGAGCUGAACCGCUCCUUGGCGACGAGGAGGAGAGAAGCGAGUGAUGACGAUAGUGAUGAUGAUGAUGCUGUUAGAGAUGUGAAAAAUCAGAGGGCUGUGGUUGAUUCUGACCUAUCUGAUGAAGAAGUUGGUACUGUGAAGUAUGAUAAUGACGAAGAUGGGGAGGAUAGUUAUGAGGAUGAUGAGGAGGAAAGUGGUGGAGGAAUCGAUAAUGAUAAGAGUGGUGUGGUGAAGGAGGCUGGUGAUAUGAAUGGAGAGGAAGAAAAUGAAAAGGAGAAGUUACAAGCUGCUGUUCCCACUGGUGGAGCUUUUUAUAUGCAUGAUGAUAGGUUUCAGGAAAUGUCUGCUGGCGGAAACAGGCGAAUGCGUGGUGGGAGAAGACAGUGGGGCUCUGGAGAGGAAAGAAAAUGGGGACAUGACAAAUUUGAAGAGAUGAAUACUGGGGAAAAACAUUCUGAUCAGAGGAUGUCUAGAGGCCGAUUCAGAGGUCAUGGUCGGGGUAGGGGACAAGGGCGUGGAUACGCUAGAGGGAGCAGUUCUAACACAUUAACCAGUAGUGGACAGCAAAUUUAUGUUCCUAAAGCUGUCUCACGAGGGAGAGGACCCAGGAAAUCCGACACUCCCCUGAGGAAUGAAAAUCAAGCACAUUCUGAGCAAAGCAAACAGUUACGAAAUUCUAAUGGGUCUCAAAACUCUCGUGAGAAAAUGCCACACCUCGAUUCACGGCGUUCACCAACUGCCCCUGCUAAAACUGAGAAUCAAGGUGCCCAUGCCAAAAAGAAUGUAGCUGUGUCAAGUUUGAGUUCCGCUUCUCCUCCAUUUUAUCCUUCAGCGCCGUCCAGUAAUGUGGUACAUGGUAUACAAGUUAGUAUGGAAAGACUCCACACAAAUGAAAGUGUCACGCCUUCUGGGAAGAAGUAUAGGAAUACAAAAUCCGGUUAUUCACCAGUUUGGACUGCCAAGACUCUUCAGUCCACUAGUCAAGGUAGAGGUGCACCUGCUGCUGGGAACACGUUUUACCCGCAAUCUCAUAGUCAAGGUGACAGAUUUUCAUCACCAAUGCAACUCAAUGGAGAUUCAAAAGGCACUGGCCAAAGACCUUCCGGCCAGGGUUUUGAUCAGCACUCUGCUGUUGUUAGAUCAUUGUCUUCCUCUCCCCAGAAAACUAGCUUAUCAAGAAAUCGGUAUCCUCCUGAUGAAAUAGAAUCUUCAUCGGAAACAGCUGCAUUGAUUGCUAAAGGAAAAGGGACUCUCAGGCCUGGUGGAAGCAGCUCUUUUAUGUAUAGUGGAUCCCAAAUGAUGGGGCGGCCAGAAAGUUUGACAUCUGCUGACAAUUCUAAUUUCCCUACUUUUCUGCCUGUUAUGCAAUUUGGUGGUCAGCAUGGUGGGGUUCCGACUUUUGGAAUGGCUUAUCCAGGAUAUGUCCAGUCUGAAGAUGGUGUUAGAAAUCCGGAGAUGACAUGGAUGCCAGUUUUAGCUGGUCCAGGAGCUUUAGGGGCUUCAUACAGUCCACCACCAUAUGCGGCUCACCAAGCACACAACCCAGGGUUACCUUCCUCUGCGGGAUUCUCCAGCAAAGACAGUAGCACAAAUACCCUUAAUGACCUGGUCAAACCCAUGGAAAGUCCUGAGGUUGCAGAGAAUGGGGUUUCAGAACGGCAAAGCAACAAUCCAAGCAAGCAGCCUCGUAGGUACUCGGAGAUGACCUUUAGCAAGUGAAAACAUUUGUGAGAAUUUAAGAAGGGACUUUAGGGACACCUUGGCGCAGGGCUAUGUUGCUUCUCCAAGCUUUGUUACAGAACACUUUUAAGGCCGCAAUUGUUCCUGAAAAUCUUAGUUUUAUAAGGGAAGGGAAAAAAAAACAAAAGAUAAUAGUAACGACUACUAGUAGCAAAUAGAAUGGAGAAGGGACGUAGUGGCUCAUAUAAAGCUAUGGGAGAUGUAAUGUAUUUGUGUUUCGUGUUUUCCGUCAUCUGCUUGUUUGGUAUUUUACCAUUUUAAGCUAUUUUCAGGAGACUAGUUGUCCUAAACUUUGGUCAGCAUCCUGUUUUGUGUGUCUUUUUUUUUCCGAGAAUCUAAUCUAAAGUCUCUCUUUUGAGCAUGUAAAUAUUUGUCGCAAUGUUAUUUCAUUUGUUUUCUUCCUAUGGAAUCACAUGAAUAGGAGCUUGCUAUAACAAUAAUUGCUUCAGAAACUCGGAAAUUCUUAGCUUUCAGACCAAAUUGAAUGCUGCUUUUUUUUUCUUUGCUCAAUGGGAAUGCUUUCGAGCCUUCGAUGAUGAUCU